CGAGGCACAGUGUAACGUGGAAGAGGAGCAAUCACAGGGAAGUGUAUGGCAUAUGAGAAGCACAGAACAGCUGAGAAAACAUGCCUUCUAAUAAGAAAAAUGGUGUUCCUGACAGAUGGACUGACUAUACAUCAUUGGGUAAACGGAUACCUGGUACACGAUUUAUCGCCUUUAAAGUUCCUUUAAAACAGUCUUUCAGGCGUCAUUUAUCAGAAUCAGAAGUCUUCGGGCCAUUUGAUUUGGUGCGCUUGUUGGAGAAGGAAGGACAGCAGCUGGGUCUCAUCAUCGAUCUGACCUUCACCACCAGAUACUACAGAGCUGAGGAUUUGCCAGAUACGCUGUACCACAUGAAGAUCUUCACAGCAGGGCAUGAAGUGCCAAACGAUGCCACGAUACUCAGCUUCAAGAAGGCUGUUAGACAUUUUCUGCAUGACAAUGCAAGCAAUGAUAAGCUGAUUGGUGUUCAUUGCACACAUGGUUUGAACCGCACCGGUUAUUUAAUAUGUCGAUAUCUAAUCGAUGUCGACGGGAUGAUGCCGCAAAAAGCUAUUAAUUUGUUUAAUGAAUCAAGGGGACACUCGAUAGAAAGGCAGAACUAUCUUCAAGACCUGACCAAUGGGCCCAAGAGAAGUAAUAACGGGAUGGAUGAACCCGACCGAGAGCCCGUUCGGGGGCUUGCGAAUGAGGCGCUAAAUGAGGCUCCUUCUCAUCAGCGGGAACAGAAUAACUACAAUCAGAGACCAUACGAGCGGCACAGGGACACCCCGCAGGACUUUUUCCCGUUUCACCAGAGGAACAGCAUGUCUCGGUUUGGGCCUCCAGAACAUCAGUCUUUCCGUCCGCCGCUGUUUUCUCAUCCACCACCAGAACGAAGAUCUUAUUAUCCCAACCAGAGCUUCAGAGGAUUUCACUGCAGUCCUUCAAGCCAGUAUCCGCCUCCGUUUCCCCCUUACAGGUUUGGAGAACCGUACCAUCAUCCAUAUUCACCUGCACCAGAGCCCACAAGACCUCCAGGAUCUCACCGCAAACAGCGACAUCGAUAUAGGAAAGACAAAACACAUCGCUGAAAAGCAGAAAAUGAAUUUGGUGUCUGAAAGUGCUGUGGUUUAUUGAGCUCUGCUAGCUGAUAACACUUUAGUUUCUUUUAUAUUAGGUCAUUUUAUGCAGCAAAUACAUAUAUUAGAGUCAAAAAGAUAAACUACCUGGUUAAAAUGAGCUGAAACAACACACUUUUUAAUGUUUUUUUUUUUCUUUUUUGGGACAACUUAAUUGUUUUAAUUUGUAAACAGUUAAGAGUAACACUUUACACUAAUUAAUGUUGGGUUCCACACAAUUCCAUCAUGUUUUCCAGACACAAGUCUAGUAACUCUAGUUUUUACACAUUUAAGUUGAUUGAACAUAAAACAAUUAACUUGUCCCUCUAAAAACCUAAUUUUAAAUAAGUAGUUUAAACAAGUGGCCACAUUUUGUGGAGAAUAAUGGUCCAUUAGUUAAUUUUAAUGUAUUUACUAACAUUAAGUAUAAAUGAUCUUGUAAAGCAUUUAUUAAUCAUAGUUUAAUAUUUAUUAAUGCAUUAUUGACAUCAAAAUUAAUACUUGUUCUCAUUAGUUAAUGCACCAAUAUGAGUUUAGACGGUUUAAAUUUAUUUAACUUGACGUUAACAAAUGUUAAACAAAUUUAUUACUACAUUUGUUUGUUAUUGUUCGUAAAUACAUUAACCAAUGGGUCAUUAUUUUAAAGUCGAUUAAGUUUUAACUUAAUGCAACAUGAAUUGUGUGGAACCCAGCAUUUAUUUUACACUAAAAAUAUAUAUAUAUUUCUGCUGCAUGUUCAAACUACUAAUUUAAAAUGAGCUUAAGCAACACAAUUCUGGAGAUUUUUUUUUUUUUUUAGGGAGGAAACUUAUUUUUUAUGUUCAAUCCACUUAAAUUUAUGUUAUCUUUAAUGGAUUUGUGUUGAGACUGGUGUUGUCACGAUACUGGAAUUCGAUACCAGUCGAUGCUGAAAUUUUAAAAACAUCAAUUUCCAGCUAACAUUUGAGCAUGUUCUUAAACAGCGCUGAUUUGCCAUUGUGUUCACGUGCUCAACAGAAAAGACUGUGAUUGGCCGUGAAGGUCAUCAGUUCAACCAACUCACCUCUGUUUACUGAGUGUAACCACAAGUACAAGGAGACUGGAGCAUUUUAAAGCUGCGAUUCAUCAGCCGAUCACUCGCAUGUCAGAUUAUAGACAAACCAGCUGAUCGACGUGACUUUGAAACGCUCCAGUGUCCCUGUAUCUGUGGUUACACUCAGUAAACAGCGGUGAGUUCGGUGAACUGAUGAACUUCACGACCAAUCACAGUCAUUUCUGUUGAGCAUGUGAACACGAUGGCAAAUCAGCGCUGUUUAAGAACGUGCUCAACAGCGCUCAAAUGUUAGCGGGAAAUGAACGUUUAUGAAACUUCAGUAUCGAUUGGUAUCAAAACCCAGUAUCGUGACAACACUAAUACAUUUAUGUUGUCCCAACUAGUGUUAUCAUCAUACUGGAAGUCGGUACCAAUCAAUACUGAAGUUUUAAAAACGUCCAUUUCCCACUAACAUUUAAGCGCUGUUGAGCGCGUUCUUAAACAGCGCUGAUUUGCCAUUGCGUUCAUGUGCUCAACAGAAAUAACUGUCAUUGGCCGUGAAGGUCAUCAGCUGACGUGCCAGAUACAGGGACACUAGAGCGUUUCAAAGUCACUUGGAUCAGCUGGUUUGUCUAUAAGCUGACAUCCGAGUGAUGAAUCGUGGCUUUAAAAUGCUCCAGUGUCCCUGUAUCUGUGGUUCCACUCAGUAAACAGCGGUAAGUUCAGUGAACUGAUGAACUUCACGGCCAAUCACAGUCAUUUCUGUUGAGCAUGUAAACACAAUGGCAAAUCAGCGCUGUUUGAAAACACGCUCAAAUGUUAGCAGGAAAUGGACGUUUUUAAAAUCUCAGUAUGGAUUGGUACCAAAUUCCAGCAUCGUGACAAUUGUGUGGAGCCCUGCUAUUUUACAAUGUAUUGGGAACAAGUUAAUUGUUUUAUGCCCAAUCCACUUAAACAGUUAAGUUUUAACUUAAUCUAUUUAUGUUGGGACAACAAGAAGGAAUUUUGUAGACGCCAGCGUUUAUUUACAGUAUAUAAAUGCGGUUACACUUUACAAUAAUGUUUUACUAGAUAGUAUAUUUACUAACAUGAGCAAACGAUGAACUUUACAUUUAUCACAGUGGUUAUUCAUGUUAACAAUAAUAAAGUUGUUUGUGAUUGCUGACAGUGCGUUAAUUAUAAAAUAUAGUUCUUGUUAACUCACAGUUCAUUAAUUACUGUUAACAAACAUUAAUUAAGAUUUUAAUAAUGCUUUAGUAAGUGAUGAACUAUGAUUAAUAAAUGCUGUAUUGUUCAUGUUAGUAAAUACACGAACUAAUGAAAGCUUAUUGUAAAGUGUGGCCAUAAAUGCUGCAGAUCUGUUGUUAUUGUAUUGAUGCUCUCAGAUGCUAACAGUGAAUUUUAUUAAGUGUUAAAGGGGUUGUUUUUAUUCAUUCUGUUUUUAUUUUGUGAGCUGAUUUGGCCUUUAGCGUAACUUUAUCAGGCUGAAACUGGAAAUUGGCGGCGGUUUUAAACUUAAAGGAAUUCUUAAACUCCAUUGCAAGUGCAAUUACAGGUUUUAUUUUAUUUUGUACACUUAAUUAUUAUUAUUUAAUCAGUUGAGAUACUCGAGCUGACGUGUGGUUUACUAAUUUAGCGUGGUGGUCAGAUGUUUCCGGAUUGAGAUGAAAUUAAAGGUUUAUAUACAAUUAAAA